AUGGCUAGAAAAAAUAAUGAUACGAAACCAGCAACAAAAAGACAAUGUCGAAAUGAAAAUGAAAAACGUCGUCGUGAUUUAUCUACACAAUUAAUAACAAAUCUAAAAGAUAUACUUUUCAUUGAAAACACUUCGGACACAAACGAAGAAAAUACGAAGUUAGAUAAAGCUUCAGUUUUACGUCAAACUGUAACGUUUUUAGAAAAACAUCAACAAAGUAAAACAUAUAAUUAUAUAUUAAAAUAUCAAUUAAAGAAUAAUUUAGAUAUAAAAAAUAAAACACAAUUAGUUCUACCAAAUUUACAAAAUUCUUCUUCUUCAUCAUUAUCAUCAUCAAAUUCUAUUCUUGAAUUUUCUUGGAAACCACCUUGUGAUAUAACUUCUAUUGAUGAAUGGUUACAACUAGCUAUUGAAUCCAUGCAUUGUUUUUUUCUUGUUAUUAAAUUUGAUUUAACUCUUCAUAAAAUAGUUUAUGUUUCAAAGAAUAUUCAUUCAUAUUUUGGUUAUUCACAAGAUGAACUUAUUAAUCAUUCAUUAUUUGAUUUUAUUCUUCCAUCAAAUCAUGAUCAAUUACUCGCCUAUCUUCUAAAUAAUCAUCAAGUGUUACAAACAUGUGAUAUAUCAUGGAAACGAGCAGUUGAUAAUGAUUAUGAACAAUGUACAUUGACUGGUGCAUAUCGAACAAUUAAUGAAAACGAACAAUAUUUUAUGUCGAUUGUUAAAAUAAAUACAUUAGAUCGAAUGUUAAAGAUGAAUGCUGAUUAUCCAGUAGAAGAAUUUGUCACUUAUUUGAAUACUCAAGGAAAAUUUGUUUAUAUCGAUUCAAAAGCACGACAAAUACUUGGUUAUGAUCCAUUUGAUUUGAUUGGUCGUACUUAUUUUGAUUUUGUUCAUCCAGAUGAUCUCGCAGUUAUUGUUCGAGCUUACAAAUUAUGGAAAGAAAAUGGAAAUGAGAAAAGUGAACCAUAUAGAUUUCUAACAAAAGAUGAUCAAUGGAUUCUUCUGCAAACAUCUUCACAAGCACAUAUUAAUACAUGGACAGGAAAAGUGGAAAGUUACAUUUGUACAACAUAUAUUAUUGAAUGGUACUAG